ACUUCGUUCAUUGCUACUGCUGCGUUUAUUAUCCGUCUGGCGACCAGCGAACGGGACGAAUACGAGCCCUGUGGCCUGUUCCAGUUUCCUGUGUGUAGGAAAAUAGCUCCACGUAUGCACAAAACUAGUUCGAUUUUGAAAAUUUUAUUUGCGAUCUGAACACACACGGAGCUAGUCUCAUUUUUAGGUCUGAAACAUGGGUGACGACGAGUUUGACCCGUGCGAAUGCAUUUGGAACCAUGAGAUGGCCAUGAGACGUCUGCUCUCUCUGCUCCGCCAAGGGCAGUCCUACUGCACUGAUACUCAAUGUUUCGACCCGCCUUUAUCAGGAGGCCUGCAGAGUGACAGCGGCAGCAAUGACGGAUUGUUCCUAAUGAUGAUGGGCUGGGUGAUGUUGGCUGUUGUUUUGUACAUGACGCGACCCGCCUCACUGCGCGGACCAGGCCUUGAUGCGAAACCCAACAACAAUGACUUGCCACCGCCGCCUCCGCCUGCCACUCUGUAAUGACAUUCGAUUUUUCUAAGGUGCAAUAUUAAUAUUGAUCUGGUCUUGUAAAAAUAUAAAUCAUGCGCAUGUGAUAACUAGGAUUGGUGGAUGAAUGCAUUUCAAACUGGAUCAUGCGAGAAAAGUACGAUUUUUCCAAAGAAACUCAAUUUUACAGUUUAUUGUUUGAAGGUCUGUUUGAAGACUGAAAUCAAUUCAUAAUUUGAGAAUAUCAUUAAUUAUUUGUCUUAUUUUCUUAACCCCGAAUCUUAAGCUAUGACAGAGGGGUCAAUAUUGACUUUGGACUCCUGAGACAUUAAAGCAAACAUAAUUAAUUCACGCCUCUUCACAAGUAUUUUGUAGCGCAUUUAUUUUUCUUAUCCAUUAACACUACUACUUAAAUUUAACAAGCUGCUACUAAAUACACGAGUGAGACAAACAGUAUAUUUAACAAAUUACAAAUCGCCUGUUAAAAUUGUGAAUAAAAGCCAUUACUAUUUAUUAUCGUUAAAAUUUCCAGGAGUUGAUUUGUGAAUUAGAAAAAUAAUGUUAUAGAAGACACGUUCAAGAAUUUUAUUUAAUUCAGGCUAUGCUUCAUAACUUGUACGUCACGAUGGAAAAAUAAAUUUUUAAAUACAUUCAACUAAA